AUGCCCAACGUUCUCCGUGCCUCCGUCGUGCAGACCUGCACAGCAAGCUUUCACCUUGAUGAAACACUUCUGAAGCUUGAGCGACUUGCUCGCAUUGCCAAGGAACGCGACGGCUCCCAGCUGGCCGUUUUCCCUGAAGCAUUUGUCGGCGGAUACCCGAAGAUGAGCACGUUUGGUGUCGUCGUGGGGGAGCGUUCCGAUGCUGGGCGAGACGAGUUUGUUCGCUAUCACAAUGCUGCGGUAGACAUCCCUGGGCCCACAAUAUCGAAAAUUGAAAGCAUCAGUGCGGAGGUCGAUAUUUUCCUCGUGAUCGGGGUUAUCGAGCGCGAUGGAGGGACCCUAUACUGCACAGUCGUCUUCAUCGACCCCAAAGAUGGUUUUGUGGCAAAGCACAGGAAACUACAGCCCACAGCCAUGGAGCGAGUCAUCUGGGGCCAAGGGGGUCCCGAUACUCUGGCAGUCGUAGAGAAGAAUUUUGACACGUCGAAUGAGUGGAAGAAGUUGAAAAUCACGGCGUCAAUAUGCUGGCAAAACUACAUGCCCCUACUGCGCACAUUUUACUACUCGCGAGGGACCCAUAUAUAUUGCGCCCCCACUGUCGAUGCGAGGCCACAGUGGCAGCACACGAUGGUUCAUAUCGCGUUGGAAGGACGGUGUUUUGUCCUCUCAGCUUGCCAAUUUUCACAGGAAAAGGACUUUCCUGCGGACCACGCUGUUAGAGAUCCCUCAAAAAGGGACCCCGAAAACAUCAUGAUUGGGGGAGGGUCAGUCAUUGUCUCAGCAUUAGGAGAAGUGCUUGCAGGCCCGCUGUGGGGGGAGGAAGGUGUCUUGACAGCGGAACUUGACCUUGACGACAUAGUGCGCGGCAAGUUUGAUAUGGACUGCGUUGGUCAUUAUGCGAGACCAGAUGGUGACUGCAUAUCCCUCUGCUCGAAUACUUACUGA